AUGGAAAGGAUCGAUGUGCAUGCCCAUUGCGUUCCACCCGCUUAUCGGGAGUAUUGUCUGCAGAAUGAUUUUGCGGGGAAAGGCCACCACGACGGGAUGCCGGCGAUACCCGAGUGGGAUGCCAAUAUGCAUAUCCAGAUGAUGAAGGAUUUGAACAUCACAAAGUCCAUUCUCAGCAUGUCAUCGCCGGGUACACACUUGACUCCCGGCAAUGACGAGGAGGCACGGACGCUCACCCGCCGGGCAAACGAAGACAUGUCCGCCAUCUGCGCCGAGAAUAAUGAACACUUCAUGUUUUUCGCAUCGCUCCCUCUCCCAGACGUGGAAGGGUCUCUCGCUGAGAUUGACUAUGCACUUGACCACUUGGGUGCAGUGGGAUUUCAAAUCUUGACCAACUCGCACGGAAUCUACCCGGGAGAUCCACGCUUCAGCCGAGUCUUUGACAAGCUCAGUGAGCGGGAAACAAUCGUAUUCUUUCAUCCGACCACCUGUCAUGCCCGGAAUCCACAAACUGGAUCCGUGGAAAAGGUCACGCCGAUGGAAGGGGUACCCAAUCCAGUGAUGGAAUUCAUGUUUGACACAACUCGAUCGCUGGCAAGUCUCUUCACAUCCGGAACGGUAAGUAGAUGCCCUGGUAUCACGUUCCUAGUUUGUCACUGCGGUGCGACAUUCCCGCCGAUAAUGCAACGAAUUGCGGAAUUAUCCAGUUUUCUGGUUAGACAUGGAAGCCCAUUCUCCGGUGAUGAUGUCAAGGAGCUACUCAAUAGCCGCUUUUACAUCGACUUGGCGGGAGUGCCGUUUCCAGACCAGAUUCACGGGUUGCUCAGACUUGUUGACUCGUCGAGACUGUUGUAUGGAAGUGACUAUCCGUACACCCCAAAAGCGCUGGCUGCAACUUUAGCGAAGAGGCUGGACGAUGGAUUAGAGAGUAAUUUUGGGGCUGAAACUAAGAAGCGCGCUCUCCGUGAUAAUGCGGAACAAUUGCUUUCUCGCCUGCAACGAUAA